CGCAAAGUCGUGCGUUCACCCCGUGCCGCGACGACAACAGGGCGUCGUUCGUUCCGGAACGAGCGACGAUGCGUCGAGUUCGCUAGGAGGCCCGCUUCGCGAACUCUACUACCGAAACCGAUCCUCCGUGUUAUCGCGUCUGUACCGGUGGCCGAUUGCAUUCCAAAGUGCUCGCAUCCUAAAGUGGAGUAUCGUGCUCUGGCUGUUGGGCGUCCAGUACAAAACUCGGACGAAAGUGACGCGUGUACGCGGAUCGAGCACGCUCCGCGACUGAUAAGAAAUCUUUAAGGAACGUGCGCGGAAGUGUGUCUGUGUGGGUGUGUUCUGUCGGAACACGUGGCGGAGCGCGGUGACGUGACACGGAGCAACACGGUAGUUGGCGUCGAAAUUCGAGGUUAGGCGUCCAUGUGGCAGCGUCGAUCGACGCUGGUUUAAGGACACGUCGAGGAGGACGCCGGCUGGCAUCGUUCUAGGGGUUGCUACGGGCGCGGACCUUCGGAGUGGGGUGUAAACGGGACGAGGGAGGUGUUGGCCGAUGAGAGCUAGGUCUAAAGUGAAUCUCGGCUUGGGCGGUGCAAGGUAAAUGUCCACUGGGAACGUCCGAGCGUCGCGAACCUACUUCCAUCUCGUCCAUCGUUUUCUUCCGCACCCGGUCGGCGGAAAAACAUUGUCACGUGGCUCGUUCUCGUCGGAGUGAACGAGCGGUGCGCUUUCCGUCUGUUCCCGCGAUACCCGUCUCUAUCGUGGAAAACGUCGUUCAGCUUGGCUCGAAACGUCGAUCGAAGCGAGGAAUAAGCGACGGGAGAUGAAUGGACGGAUCCGCGAGACACGGCGAUUAAUUAACCGGUGUAUUUAUAGGUAACGAGCUCGCUGAACCGACCGGCUAAUUAGCGGCCGAUCGAUGACAGGGAUUUCGUGAAAAGGUGUAACGCGUGUUGGCGUUCGUCGUGGAAGCAAGUGAAAGCCUUUUCCGUCGCGCUCUCCGAAGUGGAUGUAAUAUCGUUCAGCCCGAAUAAGUCUAGUGUGUUUCAGUGAAAUAAAAGCUCGGUUGUCGACAGUUUCACAGUGAAGUGUUGCCACGGUGGCAGUAGCUCAGUGCCAGUGAAACAACGUUGUUCAGGUGUAAAUCCAACAGGUACCCAGAUAUCGCACGGUCGAAAAAAAGGGCCCCGACUGUGAAAGAAUUUCAGUCCGCUCUGUGAUCACGGCACAACCCCGUUUUGGAUUACACCGUUGUUCGGCUUUAAACGUCGUGGAUUCCCGCCCUGCGUCGUUAGGGCGAACACGUGAAUCAACCCCCAUAAGAAAAAUCGAUCGACCCGCGAGCGUAGGAAACGUGGCCUGAUUCUGCGCAGCUUAAACACGAGAAUAGAAAAAGAAUUAAAUGGAAUCAUAAAUAGAAAAUCAAAUACUGUCUUUCAGCUUGAAUCAAUGUAUCGUAAAAUUAAAGUAAACUGAAAGUUAAGAAAGUAAUCGAAACUGCCAACCAGAAUCAAAAAUCUUCGAGGAACGAAGAAAGAAAUAAUGAAUCAAACGACAAAGUAACGAGCUUUUUAACGUUUCGAAGAAUUUACACCGAUUAACUGUGCUGUUUCGAGUCAAUAUUUACACUCUAUAUCUAAACGACUAAAACGAAUUAUACAUAAGAAGAAAUAGUAUUUUAAGAGAAAUAAAAGUAGAUUCUUGAGAUAACUUCAAUGAUAAACGAAAGAAAUACAGAAACACGAUAGAAAUCUCUUGUACAAACACGCCAUUUCGAUGCAACAAGCAACCAAGAAUUACAGGAAAAAAGAAAGGCAAUAGGAAAACAAUCUUCUUCCCGGCAAUCCUGCUGCGUUGUCUCAUGACAAGGAAAGUACCGACUGAAAAUAGUAUCACACUGAAAUCAAGAUAUUUCUGGCGGUUUGUUUUCCAACGAAGAUUUAUAAAGCAGAACGGAGAUCGCGACAAAGAGACGCAAUUAAAAAGAUUACAUUCGCCAUCACGCAUUCCCUUUCGAGAGCGCGUAGAAAUGAGAAAGACGAGAGUUGCGCUUGAGAAAACCUUACGUCUACGUUAAAUGUAUAAAGUUUUCACGUAAAACUGCAAUUUAUCAACGAACACCGAGCGUCCAGUAAAACAUAUUCCCAAAGGAAACGCUAGCCAUUUGAAGAAGUAAUCGCUGAAGUAAUCCAUGUAACGCUUAGAACUGUUAAAAUAAAAAAUAAGAAAUAAAGAAAAAGAACGGCCUAAAGGAAAAGGACAUCAGCGUCAACGUUUCCAUGCCUCGAGUCGACUUAUGUUAGCGAAAUCCAUCAAGCGGAUAAACGCGAUCCUAGGCGAUUGCGUUCAAAGGAGAGUCUAAAUUUCCAAGGAUAGUUGGUUGGCAAGUCGUCACGGUGUGCGGAUUGGGGCGAAUCCUCGGCUACAUCGGCGGACGACCGUCGGUGGGGGCCGCCAGCAUGUCUCAGUCCGGGUCAGGAGGGGUAGACGGUAAUCAGGAGCAAAAUCAAGUCGGUCAAACGAUGGAGAACCAACAGACAACGUGUCAGAACGGUCGGGCCGAACCACCGGCCGAUAAUGCUAAACAAGAUUUGUCGAAUGGCUUUGAGAAUCGGACGAUCGAGUACGAGAGAUUCUCUCAGGACAGAUCGCAACAGAAUCCGGCAGCCGGUCAGAACCAAGAACAGCAGCAACAACAGCAACAGCAGGCAGGUCAAUAUCCGACUGGAAGGAAGCAAUCCGUGGUCGGAGUGCCCGAAGAUAGACAUCCCCCGACUGGACAACUUCCGCCUCAGCAGUACGCUCAAGAAAAAGCUGCUCUCGAGAGGAUGCAACACGUCUCGCAAACGAGCACUCAAACUUUACCUGUGCAAGCGCAACCACAGUUCGUGCCCGAUUACGAUCAGACCCAGUACGCGCAGAUACGAAGUCAGUUUGAGGUUAGACCGCAGAUGUAUCCUCAACAGACGUCGUACGCCGAGAGGGCUGGUUACGUGACCAGAGACGUCACGUACAGAGACCCAGCGUUGUAUCAAGGAGGAACAGCGAAUCCCGUGUUCGCUGGUCAAGGCCAGUACGUAACAGUGCAACAUGGAACGCAGAUACCAUCUCAGUCGGCUAGUCCGCAGCCGCCUUAUUUCUCAGGGGUAGUGGUGCCUCAAGGAUCCGGGUACGUCCAGUUCAGCGCGCAACCCCAGUAUUCCUACAGCCAGUACCCUCAAACAGUGAUGAACGCAGUUCCCUACAACCCUCAUGCGGGGAUCUACCAAACUCAACAGUUUGGUCAGCAAUCGCCUAAUCCGCAGAGAUUCUCCCAGGAACUGGGCCAGUACCAAACUCAGCCGAUCAUUCAGCCGAUCGCUCAGAACGUGGGUCACGGAAUCGCGAUGGCGACCACUGAACGACCAAGCCGAGGGCCGAAACCCAUGGUACCUCCACGUGGCAACUCGAAAAUCACCCACGACACGGGUCACCGAAAAUCGGCGAGCGUGGACGUGCCUGGCAUGCAGAAGCCCAAGUACGAUCCUAAUCAGAACCUGCCGCAGGAACAGAUUCAUCGCAGCGACGGAGCAAUCAUCGUGCAAGGGACGCAGAUUGUCUCCGAUGGCCAGGAUCGCAGAUACCUGACGGCCAUUAAUCAAAAUCCCAGAACCAGACAGGACGGUUUAUACGUGGACACGAACGGUGAUCCAGCCGGACGAGAGAAGAUGUGCGAGGCGGUUGCCGCCGACUGCGGCCUCUAUAUGUCCAGGCCUGAGCACAGAAAGUCUAUAUCCGUGGACGUAACGUCGAGCUUUCCACGGCGAAACGACACCAUUACCUUCACGUUUCCCGGCGAUACCGGUCAAGAGAUAUUGGUGCCAGUGAGAAAGGCCGGGACUAUGGUGGAUCCGAAACGAGUGGAAGCCAAUCAAGUGUACCCGCCUGAUCAAAGGCGGUUGGAUACGAGCCUGAGAGUAUCGCCGAUGGCUUUCGAUACGAGACAGGAAAAUAGGAAGAGUAUGGGGACUGAUAGAAAGGCCGAAUGGGGUAACGUGAGCCCUAAUCAAAGAGUCGCGAUGCCGCAAGAAAACAGACGAUCCGAUUACUUCGAAGAGCAUAGGAGAUCACCGAUGACCAUAGAGGGGAAAAGAAUGGAGGACGUUAGAAGAUCACCGAUGCCGUUCAUGCCGAUCAGAGAAGGUUCCGUGGAUCGCGCCGGACAAAAAAGUCCGUCGUUUGUGAAUCAAAAUUUCGAGAAGACCAGACAGGAGCUGGCCAUGUGGGCCGAGCAGAAGCAGCGUCAGGAACACGAGAGAAACAUGAUGCAGAGUCAGUUGCUCUCGACCAGUCCACGUUCCCGCAAUCAUUCGGAGGAGAGAAGAGAUCCAAGACCCAUGCACCAGCAGGAGGAGCGUAAGGAAACUAGAAUGACCCAAUCGGCCUUCCAACCGAUGCCUAAUAUCAGUCAAAGCACCAUAAUGGAACAGAGACGUCAUUUGAGACACGUCAGUGCCGAUUUAACUAAACACAUGGAGUUGUCCAGAAAGGAGUUCGAUGAUCAACCUAUCAGCGGAUCUGUGGCCAAUCUUGGCCCACCAGUUAGCACCGUUCCGUCGCAGAGAGCUAGCCCUAAUAUAUGUCACCAAUACCCAGCUCUCAGCGAGGCGAAGUUAGACACCAAAACUGUUCUAACAGUGGUGACGGAUUUCGGUGAAUCGAGCUUGAACAAACCUAUCGAUCAAGUGGAUCAUAUAAUUCAUAGUCAUCGCAAGAGCCACAAUGUAUCUAACAAUUUACUAACCCACAGCAAGAGUCAAACGGAUAAUCUUCAGGGUCAACUCGAGGCACAAAACGAGAAAUCUGACGUGCAUCAAAUACAACAGCAACAACAAAUGCAGAAUCAACAAAGCCUGGAUUUGAUUUCGGAGAAGCUUAGUCAAUUCGAACGUCAACAGAGCGAUCUUCAAGCGAAGCUACACUGUCUCCAUAAUCAAAACCAGAUCCUCGAUAAGGUAGCCCAGUUUCAGCAUCAACAGAGCGACUUGCAGGCCCGUCUGCAGAGCCUGCAAACGCAGAAUCAAUUGUGCGAUAAACUGCAAAGAUCCACGGAUUUCCAACAACAUUCAGUCGGCAACGAGAUCCAUCAGAUGCAAUCGAAUUCCCUGUCGAACCACCAGGAACAACCGUGCGAUAAGACCUGCCCGUCGUCGCAAAGCCAGCACGCGUCCCAUGGACAUCAUCAAACGUUAUUGACCGCCGCCUAUGCACAGAACUCUAAUCAUCAAUCCUGCCAAUCGUCUGUCUGCGAGAAGCUAUCGCCUAGGCUUCAACACGACACCAGCGAGCCGAAUUCUAUUCAGAUACCGAACAUGUCACAGAUGCCAUUGCCGUGUCUCCCGCAAUUCGAACGUACAGACACGUCGCGUGCCUCGUUCUCGCAGUUUCAUCGACUUCAGUGUCAGAUCGAAGGACACGAGGCCGUUCCCGCGACUUCUUUCACCGGAACCUUGAAGAAAGUUCCUCCGGAAAAACCGCCGAGAACUUCGCUGAUCGUACAGUCGCCCGAAUCGGAGAGCAACAGAAGCCAGCCAGCUAUCGGACUGAAGCAGACGCCGAAGGCAAGGCCAACCAUUUUCGGCACUGUGGCCUCGGACCUCAAUCCAAAGGAUGGCAACAGUCGAAGGGGUUUGCCACAAACACCAGCUGGCGGAGUCGGUGGAAAAGGAAGCGGAAGUGCUGGCGCCGGUUCUGGUAUGGUCAAUGGUUCUGGUGCCGAUCAUCAGGAUAUUCGUGACGGUGCUGCUAUAAACCCAGAACACGCACUGGUGUAUCGAGACGGGAACCUGGUCUCGGGCUCGUUGGAAGCCUUGGUGCAACACAUGGUACCAACCGAGGAAUAUUAUCCCGAUCGGGCAUACCUGUUCGCCUUUUUGCUGAGUGCCAGACUCUUCAUCAAGCCGCACGAGCUUCUAGGCGAGGUCUGCGCCCUCUGCGAGCAUCAGCAAAACCUGAAUGGAGAGGGUGGCAAGGAACGUCUGCAGCGUUUUGUGCCACGACUGGUGCAGCUGUUAGCCGAAUGGACAGAAACAUUCCCGUACGACUUCCGGGAUGAGAGGGUGAUGGGUCACGUCAGGUCCAUCACGCAGAAGGUCGCUGCGGUCGACGCUGCGGCCAGGCAGGAAGUUUCGGCAUUGCUGCAAAACUUGCUGCUUAGACUGACGGCGCUGGAGAGGUAUGAGGAGGGCCUUGCCAGACUUGCUACCGAAGCUGCGACAGAACAGCUUACACAGGUGGACAUCACCGAGCUCUGUCCCUCGGCCACGGUUCUGGCACAGCAAUUGACCCACGUGGAACUCGAGAGGCUCUCUUACAUCGGCCCUGAAGAAUUCGUCCAAGCAUUCGCCAAGGAAUCUCCACACCUAGAAACAUCCUUUAAGGACAUGAAGAAAACGCGUAAUCUCGAAUCGUACGUCCAAUGGUUUAAUAGACUGAGCUAUUUCGUAGCAACCGAAGUGUGCAAGCAUGCAAAAAAGAAGCAACGCGUUCGUGUGGUUGAAUACUGGAUCGAAACAGCUAGAGAAUGCUUCAACAUUGGUAAUUUCAAUUCUUUGAUGGCAAUCAUUGCUGGCCUGAACAUGUCCCCUAUAUCUCGUCUGAAGAAAACGUGGUCAAAAGUCCAACUAGCAAAAUUCUCGAUUCUGGAGCACCAAAUGGAUCCAAGUAGCAAUUUUAGCAGCUAUCGCAGUACCUUAAAAGCAGCAAUGUGGCGUAGCGCCGGCGCUACGGACGAACGACAGAGAAUCGUCGUACCCUUUUUCAGCUUGCUGGUCAAGGAUCUCUACUUUCUGAACGAGGGAUGCAGCAACAAAUUACCAAAUGGACACAUCAAUUUUGAGAAAUUCUGGCAGCUAGCAAAGCAAGUGACAGAAUUCAUCGCCUGGAAACAAGUUGCCUGUCCCUUUGAAAAGAAUCCACGUGUCAUUGCUUUUCUUCAGGCGAGCCCGGUGCUGACUGAAAAUGCUCUAGCUUUGGCAUCCUUUGAGUGCGAACCACCCGACAACAAUCCAGAAAAAGAACGUUAUAAAGCAUUAAAGUCAGAACUGAAUGCCCAGUGAAAACAAGCUACCGUGAAUCGCGUCGAAUGGGAGCGAUACUGACACAGACGCACUCAUUUAAACAUUAACAAAUACACGUUCACGAAAAGAUUUCUAAUCAAGGGAUGCAUAGUUUCGCUAAAAGAAGGAUCAACAAGUGAAACGGAAAGCAGAAGCGUUCGAAUUGUCGGAUAGACAACUGCACGGCGAGAAAGUGUAAAAACGGAGAUGAUUGAAGAAGAGCCUCGAGAUAUAGCGAUUCAUUCGCAAUCAAGAAGGAAGAAUUCAUUUUAGUGAUCUCGUGUCAUUUAAGAACAUCGUUCGAACAUUAGACAGACCGGUGCAGUCGUCGACACAUUCCACAGAACUAAAGUAUAAUUUUUUUUAUUUUUUCAUUUUGGUAAAUAUUUAACCCUUUGUCUAAUGCCUUUUUCUAGCAAUGGAAAAUCAUUCAAAUACCAGGAGAUAGGAAGCAAAUUAUUAUACGUAUUAAUUUUUUGAAAAAUUUUUAUUUCAACCCUUGGAGUAUUAAGUGGAAAAGAAUAAUAUCUGAUUUUUGUACCAUCCAAAAAUAAUUUUCUCCACAGUUGAUAGAAAUCAAUUUUCGCAAGAAAAUUUGUAUAUGAUGAUAAAUUUAGAUGAUUUUUACCUAGGGAUUAUAUCUACCACCUAUGCUUCAAGGGUAAAUAUUAACCCUUUGCUGAUGAAGUGUUCUGAAACUCGACACAGUGUAUGCAUGAAAUGUUAUUCAUUUAAAUUAAAAUAAAUAAUUCCAAAGCAUGCACUAUGAAUUUAUAACAAGAACACAGGAUAUUCGUCACGAAGGGUUAAUUGAAAUUCCAGAAACAGGAUUUAUUAAAUACCUUGACUGCCAUAAAUUUUCAUAAACAAUCUUACUCUCUCACUCACAAAUAAUAUCACUGAAUAUUUGAAAGUAUAUCCAAUUGAAUAUAAUUACUGCCUGUUGAAAUUUUCGACGAAUUUAUCGUGGCAAUCAAAGUGUUCAAAAUCAGCAAAUUGCAGGACAAGGGGUUGUACAGUAUUUGGAAGGUGAUCGAUCUUCAAAAUCGAUAGAAAAACGAUUGCACCGGUCGAUAUCGUCUGCAGAUCGAAUCUCGAUGUCCGUCGAGCUGAUCUGCUAGAACGAGCAUGAGAUAAGAAAAAAAAAAAUCCAGUGAACAGUAUCGUGUAGCAGUAAGUAUAGUUCCUAAGCCCAAUGACAGCGGAAAACCGUUCUCCGAACUCGAUUCCUUCGUCGAGGAGAUCGUUUUCCUGCUGCCAGACGACCCUUUUGUACAUAGUCCUUUUGAUAUACGCUAACGAAACUCCUAGGUGUGAAGAGAUGAUAAAGAAAGGGAAGAAAGAGAGAUAGAGAGGUUCGUUCCUGUAGAGUAAGCUCGAAGUUGUCGUUUUAAGGCUCUAGGAUACACGUAGUAACAGACGACGGUCGUCGUGCACGUACUUAACGAACGAGAAUAGAGAAAUGUUUGACGUGAUCAAUAAAAAAAAA